AUUUAUUACACACCAAAGUAUAAAACCGCCCAGCAGCUGCAGCCCUCAGCUCCGGUCCUGGCAUCUCCUCGAGGAGACCACGUCGCCUAGAGCCCGGCCAUUCUCCAGGAGGCUCCGUGCUCUGCUGGGAACCAUGCUCGGGAGGCAGCUCAUCUGUUGGCACCUGCUGGCUCUGUUUUUCCUUCCACUUUGCCUGUGUCAAGAAGAAUACGUGGAGGUGAGCGGAAGAGCUAAGAAAGUGGUGGCGAGAAUAGUACAGAGCCACCAGCAGACUGGCCGUAGCCAUUCCAGGAGGGAGAAAGUGAGAGAGCGGAGCCAUUCUAAAACUGGGACUGUGGAUAAUAACACUUCUGCAGACCUAAAACCCCUGAGACCAGAUGAGCUACCACACCCCGAGAUAGAUGACCUAGCCCAGAUCACCCCAUUCUGGGGCCAGUCUCCACAAACCGGAGGACUGCCACCAGACUGCAGCAAGUGUUGCCAUGGAGACUACGGCUUCCGAGGCUACCAAGGCCCCCCUGGACCUCCAGGCCCCCCUGGCAUUCCAGGAAACCAUGGAAACAAUGGCAAUAAUGGAGCCACUGGCCAUGAAGGGGCCAAAGGUGAGAAAGGAGACAAAGGUGACCUGGGGCCACGAGGGGAGCGAGGGCAGCAUGGCCCCAAAGGAGAGAAGGGCUACCCCGGCAUUCCACCAGAACUUCAGAUUGCAUUCAUGGCUUCACUUGCAACUCACUUCAGCAAUCAGAACAGUGGGAUUAUCUUCAGCAGCGUUGAGACCAACAUUGGAAACUUCUUUGAUGUCAUGACUGGUAGAUUUGGGGCCCCAGUAUCAGGUGUGUAUUUCUUCACCUUCAGCAUGAUGAAGCAUGAGGAUGUUGAGGAGGUGUAUGUGUACCUUAUGCACAAUGGCAACACAGUCUUCAGCAUGUACAGCUAUGAAACAAAGGGGAAAUCAGACACUUCCAGCAACCAUGCAGUGCUGAAGCUGGCCAAAGGGGAUGAAGUUUGGCUAAGAAUGGGCAAUGGCGCUCUCCACGGGGACCACCAGCGCUUCUCCACCUUUGCAGGCUUCCUGCUCUUUGAAACUAAGUAAACAGAGGAAUAGACCAGCUCCACUUUGGGGAAGUCUUAUAGCUGAGCUGGUUUUGUUAUGAUGUGAGAAAUCGUAGAGUUAAGGAAUCCACAUGCUGCAUUCCAAAAAAAAAAAAAUUAUUGGUUACACUUGCUAAUCACGCUACAGGUAGACCAAUAAUGUUGGAUGACUCAGGGGCUCAGAACAUAACCACAAUACAGUUUUCCCAAGUGAUCUUGACUAAUACACUCAUCACCUUCAUCAUUCAUUCCUAAACACCUAAAGGAGAAUUUCCCUGUGAUGCAGGUUGGAAACGAUUAUUUCCAGCAGAGAAGUCAUUUGCGAAGAGUUUUGACUGCUGGAUACUAAUUUUGAUACCAGCUUUCAGGAAUCUCUGAAGUCUUGAGUUCAUCUUUUUUUAUAACCUUUCAGAGAAGAGGAGCAGUGAUUAUGAUCAUGGUGGGACAAGAAAAGGGCACU